AUGGCAACAGAAUCAUCUGGUGGGGCUGGGAAGAAGAGGCAGAAGAAAGGGAAAAUCCCACAAGAAGUUACCAAAGUUUCUGAAUCCACUCGAAUUCAUGUGUCCAAGAUUCUUGAAGAGUUCCGUAAAUCUGAUGAUGAAGUGUAUACAUUUGAAGCUAAUCUGUCAAAUCGAGAUCGAGCUGCAGUGCAUGUCCUAUGUAGAAAAAUUGGACUGGUGUCCAAAAGUUCUGGGGGCGGGGAUAAUCGACGAGUUUCUGUUUAUAAGACCAAAAAGGAAGUGGGCAAAAAGGGGAAGGAAAAUCUUGUUUCUUUCAGAUUUUCAGCAGAAGCAAAAGACGUUUUACAGGAUUUGUUUUCUCGGUAUCCCCCUGAUGACGGAGAGAUGUCUGAGAAUAAGGUUGGAGAAAGUUCUGGAAGAACUGAUAAAGUACGACCAAGAAAAGAUGACAUAUUUUGCAAACCUGCAAUGACCAAGUCUGAAAUUGAAAGGGAGGUGGUGUCGCUUGCUUCGAGGAUAGAAAAUUCCCCAUACUUGAGACAGUGGCUCCUCUCCAGAUUCCUUCCAAUUGGAUCUUUCAGGGAUGUCGUUACAUCGACUAUAGAUUCUCAUCAGGUUGUGCUCAUAUCUGGUGAAACUGGAUGUGGAAAAACGACACAGGUCCCACAGUUUCUUCUAGAUCAUGUGUGGGGUAAAGGAGAGACAUGUAAAAUUGUUUGUACUCAGCCACGGCGAAUCUCUGCCACAUCAGUGGCUGAGAGAAUUGCUACAGAAAGAGGUGAAAAUGUUGGAGAUACAGUAGGGUACAAGAUACGAUUGGAGAGCAAAGGUGGGAAGCAUUCUUCUCUUCUGUUUUGCACCAAUGGGAUUUUGUUAAGGGUUUUAGUUAGCAAAGGAGCUUCUAAGGGUAGUGAAAAUUAUGUCUCUGACAUGACCCACAUCAUUAUGGAUGAAAUUCACGAAAGGGACCGCUACUCUGAUUUCAUGCUAGCAAUUAUCAGAGACAUGCUUCCUUCGUAUCCUCAUUUGCAUCUGGUGUUGAUGAGUGCAACAAUUGAUGCUGAACGAUUUUCAGACUAUUUUGGUGGCUGUCCUAUUAUUCGAGUUCCUGGGUUUACUUAUCCUGUGAAAAGUUUCUAUCUAGAGGAUGUACUUCCUAUACUGAGAUCAACAGAAAACAAUCACCUAGAAUGUACUUCAGGUGAUGCGACAAUGGAGGACCCUAUAUUAACUGAUGAGUACCGAGUAGCUCUUGAUGAAGCUAUUGAAUUGGCUUUGUCAAAUGAUGAGUUUGAUCCCCUCCUUGAUUUAAUAUCUUCUGAAGGGGGUCGAAAAAUCUUCAAUUAUCAGCAUUCUAUAACUGGAGUUACGCCACUGAUGGUAUUUGCAGGAAAAGGCAGAGUUCGUGAUAUUUGUAUGCUCCUCUCUUUCGGUGCGGACUGCCGUUUACAAGCCAGUGAUGGAAAUACUGCUCUUGAUUGGGCUGAGCAAUUUAAUUAUGGAGAAGCUGCUGAAAUUAUUAAAAAACACAUUGAGAAAACCUUUUCGCACACUGACGAGGAAAAAUUACUCAAUAAAUACUUAUCCACCGGUGACCCUGAACUAAUUGAUCAUGUGCUCAUUGAGCAGCUACUGAGAAGAAUAUGUACCGAUUCAAAGGAUGGAGCCAUUCUUGUUUUCCUUCCAGGUUGGGAUGAUAUAAAUAAAACAAGAGAGCGUUUGCAAGCUAGCCCCUUUUUCAAGGACGCAUCCAAAUUUGUCAUUAUAUCUCUUCAUUCCAUGAUCCCCGCAAUGGAGCAAAAGAAAGUUUUUAGACGGUCCCCUCCAGGAUGCCGCAAAAUUGUUCUUUCAACUAAUAUUGCUGAGACUUCCGUCACCAUUGAGGAUGUUGUUUAUGUCAUAGACAGUGGACGAAUGAAAGAAAAAAGUUACGAUCCCUAUAAUAAUGUGUCCACUCUUCAUUCUUCUUGGAUUUCAAAAGCAAGUGCAAAGCAACGUGAAGGACGAGCUGGACGGUGCCAACCAGGGAUUUGCUAUCAUCUUUACUCAAAACUUAGAGCAGCUUCCUUGCCAGAUUUCCAAGUUCCUGAGAUUAAGAGGAUUCCAAUAGAAGAGCUAUGUUUGCAGGUGAAGCUUCUAGAUCCAUCUUGCAGAAUAGAUCAAUUUUUGCAGAAGACGUUGGACCCUCCAGUUCAUGAGACCAUACGUAAUGCGAUCAUAGUUCUUCAAGAGAUCGGGGCACUGACACUUGAAGAGAAACUUACGGAACUUGGGGAGAGGCUUGGAUCUCUACCAGUUCAUCCACUAACGAGCAAGAUGCUUCUUAUUGCAAUAUUAUUGAACUGCCUGGACCCGGCAUUGACCUUAGCCUGUGCUUCUGACUAUAGAGACCCAUUCACUCUACCCACACUACCUAAUGAAAAGAAGAGAGCUGUAGCUGCAAAAUCUGAGCUAGCUUCACUUUCUGGUGGCCUUAGUGAUCAGUUAGCUGUAAUAGCUGCCUUCGAGGGAUGGAAAAUUGCGAAGGAAAAGGGUGAAGAAUCUCGGUUUUGUUCUCGCUUCUUCAUAUCUUCAAGCACUAUGAGAAUGAUAUCACGAAUGAGAAAGCAACUGGAGAAUGAAUUACGACGGAAUGGUUUUCUACCAGAUGAUGCAUCUAAUUGUAGCCUAAAUGCGCGGGACCCCGGAAUAGUCCAUGCUGUCCUUGUUGCCGGUCUUUAUCCGAUGGUUGGAAGACUGCUUCCACCUAAAAAUGGUAAGAAGCCCAUUGUAGAGACUUCAAGUGGUGAUAAGGUUCGGUUGCAUCCCCACUCAACCCUUUUCAAGCUAUUGUUUAAAAAAUUUAGUGUUCAACCUUUGAUCAUGUUUGAUGAGAUAACUCGUGGAGAUGGGGGGUUGCACAUUAGAAACGGUAGUAUUGUGGGUCCUCUCCCAUUAUUAUUAUUGGCCAUGGAGAUUGUAGUGGCUCCAGCAAAUGAAAAGGAUGUUGAGGGAAAUGAAAGUGGCUAUGAAGACACAGAUGUCGAUGAUAGUGAUGAAGAUAAAACAGAGAGUCCUGCGCUUGAUGUUGCUCAAAUUUACUGCCUGAGAGAGAGACUCUCUGCAGCAAUAUUAUACAAAGUGACCCAUCCGCAGAAAGUUCUUCCAGAACAUCUUGGAGCCUCUUUGUAUGCAAUUGCCUGUAUUCUGUCGUAUGAUGGAAUGUCUGAGAUCUCACUGCCAUUGGAACCGGUGGACUCGCUAUCUACAAUGGUCCGUACUGCCAAUAUUGGUCCAUCGAAUGGUAGGAAGAAAAUGGUGAUGAAUCAGUAUCCAAGAAAUUAUAAGAACCAUGGGAAGCAUCAGAAUUCUGUCUCAAUAUCAAAAAGGUAG